AUGCCCAAAGUGAAGAGCGACGACCUGCAGGCCAUAAAAAGAGAGCUGACGCAGAUCAAACACAAGGUGGACUACCUGCUGGAGAGCCUGGAGCACAUGGAGAAGGACCACGGCAAGAAGUCAGAGAUGAAGAGCUGCAAACCAGAACCUGGCGAGCUGUCCUCCCUCAACUCGUCUACCUCCAGCAAGAAAGAUGACAGCCUGAAACGAGAAAGAGAGAGCCAGGACUCAGACGAGGAGGGAGAUCUGCUGGAGGACGAGGACGAGAUGAAAAGCAGAGGGCAGGAUGAGGACGAGGAGGAGGAGGAGGAGGAAGGAGAGGACGACGGGGACAGCGCCAACGGAGACGACUCCUAAACACUACACAGUCAGACCGACACACACACACACACACACACGUAUACAAAACCAAGUGUGUGUGAUUACAUUUCUUUCACCUGACUCAAACGCAGUGGCUACACGCUCACAUGUGCUGAGCUGACUGGACAUUUGUGUCGAUCAUUGAAGAUAUCUAACACUGGAAACAUUUCACCAAUCUAUGACGUACGUUUUGAAAGGAUUUUCCUGUUUUUUUUCUUCAGUAUUCAUAAUUCAAUAUCCCCCUCCUUUUUUUAAAAAACGUUUUUUUGUUG